AUGAAGUUUACAAUUCCCAUCCUCCUCGCCCUUGCCACCAACCUCCCACCAACCCUGGCCGGCUUCGCCCCCACCGCCGCCGAAGAAUGCGGUGACCUCGGCGUAAUGUCCUACACGGCCUCCUCCCUCGACAGCAACGUCGACCCCUCCAACAUCCGCAAGUGCAGAGAGCACCCCCUAACCCUCAAGGACGGCUCGUCCCCGAACCUGCAGGCCCGGGAGUGCUGGUUCGGCGAUAAAUACGGCUGCAGCAAGGGGUACUGCUGGGAGUCGUGCGACAGAAACAAGGGCACUUGGUGCUGGACGGCGUGGAAUGGCGGGCACGGGAACUGGCGGACUUGUUCUGGCAAGGAGCAAUGCGCGCCCGCGGCGCAGUCUGCUUGUGGGAAGGAUUGCAAGGAUGCCAAAGAGACACUGCCAACAAGACCGAGUCCGGAGCAGACGCCGUCACCCGGAGGCGGCAGGCGGCAGAGGGCCGUGACAAAGCAUCGCCGAAGCUCCGAAGGGCCCCACCCUGGCGCACAAACCCCCCGCAAGCCAAUCACCUGCGACAACUACAACCCCACCAACAACGACGCCCACACCAAAAGGGAAAGGAACUCGCGCCGGCCGCAGCAUCUCGCAGCUCAUCCCAUCUCCGGGCAGCAAAAAGACGACGCAACAAGGAGGACGACUAAACCAGUCCUGCCAUUCGUUUCGAGUUACCUUAGACAACAGCCAUUGGAAGGCGGCAAGAUUCUCGCGCCAGACGCCAUCGCCAACAUCCUCUCGUCCGCCUCGGCCUGGGCUGAUCCAGGUUCCGUAGACCAGAGCCGCGCGCACAGGACCGCACUGCUGGGCGAUGUACUCUUUACUGCGCAGCAGCAAUGGAAUAGUGGCAGUCAAGAGAUUGACCUUGUUGCGGAGAAGCUGGGCGACGGAAGCAGAGAUGCAUCAUGGAGACUGCCCCUGGGAGACUCGGGCAUCGUCGACUUCUUCCUCUCUGUCAUUUCCACGGAGAACCUCAGACCAGCGUUGAAGAAGCACUCUCUCCGUCUGCUCGGAAACUCAUGCGCCGACACAGAUGAAAACCGCGCAAGGGUCGUGUCAUCAAACGCAAUCACCUCCAUCAUCAGCCUUCUCGCCGACGACACCGCCCUCCCCUUCGCCGUGCCAGUCCUCUACAACAUCCUCGUCGACUACGAGCCCGCCCAGAUUCAAGCGAGCUCUUCCUCGCUCACCCUUCAUCUCGUCAACCUCCUCACCAGCCCACGCCUCGCCAACGCGCCGCAUCUCAUGGGUAUCAUUGGCAAGAUCCUCGCCUUGCUCGCCACACACGAAACCGAAGCCAACUUUGCACCCCCGCAAACACCAACCAUCCUCCUCACCCUCGCCCUCACACCAACAACCGACGCAGAAGACUUCGUCUCCCUCACCGCCGUCGCCCUAGCCUACCUAACCCACGCGCCCAUCCAAGCAGCCCUCAUCGCAACCGGCUCCGUCCCCGUCCUCCUCGCCACCUUCUACCACCUCCAAACCCAGCUCGACGCCCUCCGCGUCGAAGACGAAGACGCCGCCGUCCUCCUCAAAUCCCUCCCCCAGUCCUUCAUCCAGAUCCUCGCAGACGUCUCCUACGCAGACGACUUCGCCCUUCGGCACCCCAUAGGCUCCCCCGUCCUCGACACCCUCUACAGCUGGCUCACCCUCACGCCCAACAACACCCACCUCCAGUCCGCGGCCUGCCUCUGCCUGGGCAACGUCGCCCGCUCCGACGAAGCCUCCUACGCCCUCGUCAAGUCCCACGCCGUUCACCUCCCCCUUGCCGCCCUCCUCGCCAAAGCAACAGACACGAUGCUCCUCCACUCCGCCCUCUCCUUUGCCAAAAACCUCGCCAUCCCCUCCCAGAACAAACCCGUCCUCGGCGACGCAGGCCUCUUCUCCCCCGAAAUCCUCCCCCGCAUCUGGUCCCUCGACGUAAACCCCCAAGUCCAAUUCACAGCCGUCUCACUGACCCGCCUCCUCCUCGUAAAUACACCCACCAACGUCCGCCGCCUCUGCGCGCCCCUCUCCCCUGACCCUCUAUCCCCCCUCCACGAGACAACACACCUCCACCGCCUCCUCGACAUGGUCUCCCGCACAGACGCAGAACACACAAAGACCGAGGCCGCCCGCGCCGCCGCAGCCGUCUGCCGCGUCCUACACACGGCGCCCAUCCCGCCCAUCCUACCAGACUGGGACCCCUCCGAAGACGGCUACGUCUUCCGCCCCGAGAACCCGCUGCCCGCGACGGCCGUAGCCGAGGCAGAAGGCGACGGCGGCGCGCAGCGUCGAGACAAAUUCUAUAGGCGGCAUCCGAGCCUGAACAAGGCGCUCGCGUUCCUCGUCACGCAGACCAAGUUCCCCGUGCUACGCAGCGAGGCGUGGUUCGUCUUCGCGCUCAUGUGCCGCGCCAAGGACGGCGCCGAUGUUGUGCUGCGUACGCUGCAGGUUCCUGGUGCGUUUGAGGCGUUGACGGAGGCUGUUACGGGGCGGACGUUUUCUGGGGAGGAUAGCAGCAACGGCACGGACCAGAAGGCCAUUGAGGGGGCGCCGUCGGCUGCGAGUGGUGAUGGGCAGGCGGUGGUUGUUGGCGGCGGAGAUAAUGCUGCCAUGGUGGAGGGUCUUGGGCUGGAGCCGCAGCAGGCUGACCCGUCGCAGGCGGCGGGCAUGAAGAAGGUUGAUCGGGAGAAUGGGCUGGUAAUGGUGUCGGAGCUUGUCAAGAGGCACGCGGCUGAGUUGCCGGCUGUCAGGAGGGCUGCGUUUGAGGAGAUGUUGAAGGAAGGUGGUGAGCUGAUGGCUGAUGAGAAGGUGAAGGGCAAAGCGUAG